UAUUAGGGUGCUGCUCUUUCUUCCCGAUGGGUGCUUUCCCUGGGUAACGCAGGCUCGUCCCGGAGAGAGGCAUUUUACCGAUCUCGCUACUGCCAUGGCCUCAGUUCCUUCAGCCGGCUGCCUCUUGGCCAAGAACCAGUACUACAGAAACGGACAGAACUCAGAGUCCAGUGUUUCUUCCAGCUCCUCCUGGUGUUCAGAUGCUGUGAUUGUUGCAGACCAGGACAAAGCAUUUCAUGGGUUACCUCAGUUAAUUGAUAAAAGUUGGUGGAUAAAAAACUUUUUCCAUAAUGAUCCAUCUCCACCAACUGUUGGCAGAAAAACACUGUCAGCAGGCAGUACUAACCGUUGAAUGGGACAGCAUGUUGGCUUCACUGACUGAGAUACUACAUACAGACUUGUUUUUCAAAGAGGCCUGGGAUCUUCCUAAUGUCUGUGUUCAGCUGCAAGAAGAAAACCAAACCUUUGGGAGAGUGGAUAAGCGUAUCUUCAAAAGAUUUGUCAGUAGCUUAAAUGUCAUUGCUUAAUGGACAUGUCCAUGGCUUACAUCGCUCAUUACAGAGUUCCUAUAAUUUGAGAUGUCUUUCUAAUGGAAGUUACCAGUAUUAAAUAUCCUGAUGACUUGGAGUUAGAGAAAAAUGGCAGUAAGGUAUUGUAAGUUUAGGAGAAGCAUGUGUAUUGAAUGACUUUACAAUAGGUGAUACUCUUCCGUUUUACCUUUAAGAUAUCAGCCUUAUAUGCUGAUAGUCACAUGGAUGUAAACAAAAUUCAGGUAUGUAGUCCAGAGUAGGAAACUGCUAUAUGGUACUUGUUUUAUAUCAAGUAUUAGUUUCAUCUCUUUCUUUGAGCAGAGUGCAUAGAUCCCAAACUCAGAUACCCAGAUACAACUUUCAUUCAUACCUGUAUUUGAGGACAGAAUAGGAGAGGGAGAGAGAGAAGAAAUCAGUAAUCUUAAUGGACACUGACAUCUUCCAAGCAGAAGAGCAACCUUAAUCAGAGUUGAUACUUCUAAUGUUGUUUUAGAUUAUCCUUACCUGCUCUGCUGUAGCUUUAAAGUGCUACUUGUUCUCCAGUGACCAUUAAUAUUCACUGCUGCCUAUCAGCUUUCUGUGCUAGAUCUGGCAAAGUAUUCAACUCAAAGUAAUAACAUUAGUGUUAUUAACCAAGUCUAUCUUUGUCAUGAUUCAUGCUCUUGAAAGAUACAGUAGCAUAGCUUCAUUUACUCUUCAGUAUUGCAAAGCAGUACAUCAGAUUGUUUAUUCUACCAGGAAUGACUGAAAUACAUGAGAGGUCAUAGAAAAUAACAGGCUUUUCGCUGGAGGAUAUCAUUUCUGUAAAUAAUCUCUGCAAGUUUUUGACGUACUGUCCCUAAACUUACCUGACCUUUGUCCAUCCCUGGAUGAAUUAACAAUAGUAAACAUUAGUAUAGCCAACCUGUUUCUUUAUAGGUUAAUGUUUGUCAUGGUUAUGCAUAACUUAAGUGUCUCAAGUGACUACUUCGGGAAGCUUACAGUUUUGAUGGAGACAAUAAAUGUAUGACACAUGACAACAGAAAAAAACAUGAUUUUGAAAACGUAGCUUCAGGAAUCUUUAAACUGUCUUGUUAUGUAUCUGACUUUGUGACAACUGUGUAGUUUCAUCUUUAAGUGUACAGAAGGAGCUAUUUUUUUAUACUGAGAUUUUUUUUAUUAAUAAAGAUUUAAUCAAUA